AUGGCGGAUUCAACUGAAACACUUCGACGAGAUAAUACAAUGGUUGCAACAGCAAAGGAAGGUAAAGAAUUUCUUGAGCGAGAGAAUUAUACUGAGACCGAGCCUAAUAAUGACGAAGCGGCAAAUGAUGAUGAGAAGGAAGAAGAAAAUGGUCAUUCCUUGAAAAGAAAAACGACAAUGGAAGCAACAAUUGCCGAUGCGGAAUCGUUCAUGAAGCGCGCGAAGGGCAGUGAAACUGAUACAAUAAAGGAAGAGGAAGAAGUAAAGGCUGAUAAUGGAAAUGAUAAUGGAGACGAUCAAAGUUAAAAAAGACCACUCUGAGCUAAUUAACAUGGCGUUAUAAGUUGUAGUAGUAGACCUUUAGCAACGAUUGCAUUUGUUUUACCUUAUAGCGUUCGAGCUUCGCCAGUAUUGGUUAAUAACUUGUCUUUAGUAACUUGUAUAAACAUUCAACCAUAAAUAUUAUUAACAUGUAAAACGGUAAACUGUAUCAAAGCGCAGUAUCUACAUUGUUUCUAGGUUUAGAGCGCAUAUUAAUAAAUUGUUUUCGAU